AUGGCUCCGGCGGCAUUGACGGCGUUGGACGCGAGGGCGCCACGGGCGGAGGGCCUGGCGACGGUGCUGGCCAUCGGCACGGCGGCACCGGACAACUGCGUGUACCAGGCCGACUACCCGGACUACUACUUCCGGGUCACCAACAGCGACCACCUCCCCGACCUCAAGCAAAAGUUCAAGCAGAUAUGUGAGGGGUCCAUGAUCCGGAAGAGGCACAUGCACAUGACCGAGAAGCUGCUUGAGCAAAACCCCAGCAUGUGCGAGUUCAACGCCCCGUCACUGGACGUGCGCCAGGGCAUCCUCCUCACCGAGGUCCCCAAGCUCGGGAUGGCCGCGGCGCAGAAGGCAAUCAAGGAGUGGGGCCAACCGUUGUCGAAGAUCACACACCUUGUGUUCUGCACCCGGCAAUCCGUGGGCUUGCCGGGUGCCGACUACCAUCUCAUAAAGAUGCUUGGCCUCAACCCGUCGGUGAGGCGCGUCAUGUUGUACCUACAGGGCUGCUUCGCCGGCGCUACAGCGAUCCGUGUGGCAAAGGACAUUGCCGAGAACAACCAUGGAGCACGCGUCCUCAUCGUCUGCUCGGAGAUCACAGCCGCCACCUUCCGUGGCCCCUCAGCCACGGGGUCCCACCUCGAUAAUCUCGUCUCACAGGCGCUCUUCGGUGACGGCGCGGCUGCGAUGGUUGUUGGUGCUGACCCCAAGGAGCCGAUGGAGAAGCCAAUCUUCCAGUUGGUCUCAACAAGCCAGGCAAUCCUGCCCGAGUCGGAUGGUCUCAUCGAAGUAAACCUCUUGGAGGUUGGGCUCACCAUCCACAUCGACAAAGACGUGCCUAGGAUCAUCUCAAAAAAUAUUGAGCAUGCGUUGACGAACGCCUUUGCGCCACUCGGCAUCGAUGACUGGAACUCCAUCUUCUGGGUGGCGCACCCCGGUGGGCCGGCAAUUCUUGACAUGAUCGAGGCCAAGGUCAACCUGAACAAAAAGCGGAUGAGUGCCAGCAGGCACGUCCUGUCCGAAUACGGCAACAUUGCCGGCGCCACUGUCCUCUUCAUUCUGGAUGAGAUGCGUAAGCGCUCUGCCGAGGAGAACCAUGCCACUACUGGCGAGGGCAUGGACUGGGGCGUCCUCUUCGGAUUUGGCCCCGGCAUCACCCUCGAGACCGUCGUCAUCCGGAGCAUGCCUAUCAACACCACCACAUGA